GUGUUUAUAAGCUGCGGGAAAGGAAUCAAGUCACACAAGCGCUCAGUGCAGACAGAAUCAGAGAACACUCGCCUUUCGGUAAGUACAAAUAACUUCAACAAUAUAAAAACUAACUGCUGCAGAUUCUGAAAUACUUUCCCAGAAAGAAUGAAGAUCCUAUUUCUGGCUUUGUUGCUAUCAUUCAUCAUCUGUGUCGAGAUGAUUCCAAUGAGGAAGAAGUUGAAUAGAAUGAAGAAUCGUGUUUCAAGCAAAAGAGAUAAAUGUGUAGAAUCACCAACUGAAAUCUACAGAAGAGGCCAGUCAUGGCUGCGAUUGUAUGAAAGUGAAAUACAGAAAUGCACAUGCACAAGGAGAACACUGUGCUACAAUGUGCGCACAAAAGAUUGUUCCACAAAUAAGUGUUUUCAUGGAGGAAGGUGUGCAAGCCAGCUUCACUCAGAGCACUACCUUUGCCUGUGCCCUGCUGGAUAUCGUGGAAAACACUGUGAGACAGAUGUGGAUACCCAGUGCAUUAAUGACAAUGGAAUAGGCUACAGAGGCACAAUAAAUUACACAGUGUCUGGUACAAAAUGUUUGAAAUGGAAUGCACGUGCUGUUGCUAAAAGAAGGUACAAUGCAAUGAGGGAAGAUGCAUUACAGCUGGGCCUUGGGAGCCACAACUAUUGCAGGAAUCCAGACAAUGAUAUCAUGCCUUGGUGUUUUGUUAAGGGUGCAAAUAUCUGGAAGUUUUGUGACAUUCCAAAAUGUCCACCGGUACUCACUUCACCAUGUGGUCAGAGAAAGCAGAAAAUUGGAAAGAUUGUUGGAGGAAAUGUUGUCACCAUAAAAUCUCACCCUUGGCAGGUUGCGGUCUACAGAAAAGAUAGACGAGACGAAAAUUAUUUCUUUCAUUGUGGAGCAAGUCUCAUUCAUCCCUGCUGGGUGGUGACAGCAGCUCAUUGUAUUCUCCCAAAUACCCUCCAUACAGACUAUCAGGUAAUCCUGGGAAAAUCAUCAACAAACGAAACUUCUGAAAAUGAACAAAAAUUUUUUGUGGAAAAUAUUACUGUUCACCAAGAGUUCGAUUCAAUGACAUACAACAAUGACAUAGCCCUUUUAAAGCUAAAAGCUCCAUCCGGAAUGUGUGCUAAAGAAUCUGAAUUUGUGCAGAUGGUAUGCUUACCUUCUCAAAACCUUACAUUUCCUGACAAGACUCUGUGUGAAGUUUCUGGAUAUGGAAAAGAGAAAGAAUUUUCUCCUUUCUAUUCCAAACGACUAAAGGAGGCAAAAGUGAACUUGAUUUCCAAGCAAGUAUGUACAUCGGCUGAUUAUUAUGGAAGCCUAUUAACUGACAACAUGUUGUGUGCAGGGCAUCCCAACUGGAAAGCAGAUUCUUGCAAAGGAGACUCUGGUGGCCCAUUAGUGUGCGAGGAUAAUGGACGGAUGAUUCUUUACGGAAUCGUCAGCUGGGGAGAAGGAUGUGCCACGGAAAAGAAACCAGGGGUUUAUACAAGAGUAACAAACUACAUCAAGUGGAUUGAGCAGAAUAUGUGAUUUCCCAUGAAGAGAUUGAACUGACUGACCAGAAAGUAAGGUGGUCAAUAAUAAGCUUAGAAUGACCAUUUCCAAUGAACCAUGUUAUUGUAGAUGGAUUACCUUCAUCCAACCUACCUCACCUGCUGCAAUUUGUUCAAGUUCUGAUAAUUUUUUGUCUGGGCCAGAUUACAAUUCAAUGAUUUUACAUCUUUUCAGCAUUCAACAGACAUUGUUUUAACAUCUAUAAAAAAAGUCACAAUACUUCACAGUAAAAUCAAGUAAUCCACUUUGAGAUGCUUUGAC